AUGAGCACCUCAAUGCUUGCAGCACUUGCAGUACUUGCCGGCCGGCUGACCAAUGUCCCAUCACACUCUUGCCCUCUCCUCGACACUGUUGCAUCGCUUCGACUCGAUACAUUACACAUCGCCACCGUCCCUCCCCUUGCACACACACCGCCCGCUGUCCACCCCGCUGCCGCUCCCUCUGGCCUGACCUCACCCGCGACCCCCCUCGUCCCCUUUUGUCCAUCUCGCCCAUCUGUGUCCUCACUCCCGCCCCCACUUCUCCUCCCGCCAGCUACCAAAGUGGACGCCGGAAAGACCAAGAGCAAGGCCCCGGCGUCGUCCGGGGCGACCAACCUCAACCUCGGUCCCGCCUACGACCCGUUCGCCACCGCUGACCCCUUCGAGGAGGCCAGCCCCGCCGCUACCAUCACCAAGAGCGUUGGCAAGGCCGACAAGAUCCACGUCCGUCUUCAGCAGCGCAAUGGCCGCAAGACCAUCACCACCGUCCAGGGUAUCCCUGACAAGUACGACCCCCGCAAGCUCCUCAAGGCCAUGAAGAAGGAGUUUGCGUGCAACGGCCACGUCGUCCACUCUGCCGAGUCGGACGACGAGGACUCGCCCGCCCCGGCCAAGAAGGACGAGCACGGCAAGGUGCUCCAGUUCCAGGGCGACCAGCGUACCGCCGUCAAGGACUUCCUCCUCGCCUCGGGCAUCGUCGCGGCCAAGGAGGCAAAGGACCAGAUUGUCAUCCACGGCUACUAA